AAAAAAGUUAAUAAUAACGAGAGCCCACUGUAGUGUAUGUCAGUGUGUUUUCGCUACCAUCUGAACACUUCGUACACUAUAUAUGCUGUACACUGUAUAACAAAUUUUAGCCGACAAAAACAUACAGAGAGUUUGCUCUAAUAUAUUGAUCCCAAAACUGCAAUUCAAUGGCUUCUAUAGCGCACACCAUAUCAGCGGUUGUGUCGGUGCUAUCAAUAUAAAUACAUAGCCUUAUGAAAGCCUCUGUGCACUGGAUUCUGGCGUAACAACCGAUUCACUCUCAAACACACUAUUAUAUAAUACGAGUGUCUGUUAUAUAAAAAUUCUGGUCUCUAUUCUCCAGCUAUAACUGGUAAAUGAAGUUCAACUCAAUUGCCAUUCAUCUGCAACAACACGACAACAAACACCACAACAAAUCAAACACAACAAAACCCAAACACAAUAAGUUUUCCCGAUGUGUUUUAACUCGUUUUUCAACACAUAUUUAUCAUAUUCUUCUUUCAUAUUCUUAUACAACACUUAAUUUAUGUGUUAUUUUUGUGUGAAUAUAUAAAAGCUGUGGCAAUAAAUCGUGAAAAUUUCUUAAAGUGAAACAUAAAUAUCACCAAAAAGUAUGACAAAAGUAGUUUACGAGUCAAUUGUCAUAAUAUUCACAUCGAGUAUCAUAUUUGGAUGCACUCUCUCGUCAGUCCUGUUAAUACUGUUGCGACCAAACAGUGAUAUGUUUGGCAUCGACACCAGAUUUAUCAUCGCGAUAUGCGUAUUGAAUGUGAUUGUGUUCAGCGUUGGUCUCGUGGGGACAAUAGCCGAGUCGUUUCGGGCGCUCAACAUCUACUCGUGUUUAGUCAUUAUAUUCCCAUUCGGUCUCCUAUUGAUCCAAAUGACAGUCCGGAUGAGCAAAAAGUCCUUCGACACCAUCGAUCAGCUUCUGGCCGGAGCUCUGGUCAUAUUACUCAUGCAGAUAAUCGUCGCCUAUCUGUUGGCCAGAGAGAUACGGCACUUAACGCUUCUUAAUCGUGGGAUCAAUUAUAAGAUGUGUCACUUAGAGGAUGGCAGUGAUGUACAGCUCUGCCAAACAGCACAACAGCCCACAGAGGAGUUGGAGACUUGAUAUGAAACGCAUCGUCGAUAAGGCGGUGAUGGAGUGGAGGGUCACUGAAAGAUAGUGGACAGACAUAUGGAGAGGGAGUGAUGGGAGAGAGAGAGAAACGAUUGAGUGAUAAGAAUGGUAUAUAUAAGUGAAGAGCGAUCAAGAAAUAUGUGAACCAAAAUGUGAUGUUCGGCCAAAUAGUACUGACAAUCGAUAUAUAAAUAAUGAUUUGUGUGACGAGAAGUGAUGAAAGAUAAAGUUUUUU